GUUUCGCCGAUGGCAAUCAAUUAAAGUCACGCGCCUUUGCAGGAUUUAGCAUCAAUUGGGGAGCGCCUUGGGUUCAUUUUUACCCUUUUUAUUUUAUUUUACCCACGUUCUUGAACCAUGGUCGACAUUAAAAAAACACCUGUGAGUUAUGAAGGAUUCCACCAUGAAUCACUCACGCCCAAGCCAAAGAUUAUGAACACCAUCCUUGACAACAUUGGCAAUACACCUCUUGUGCGUAUCACCAAGAUUGCAAAAGAGGAGGGCCUUCAGUGCGAAUUAUUGGCCAAAUGUGAAUAUUUCAAUGCUGGUGGCUCGGUCAAAGAUCGCAUUGCUAAGCGUAUGGUGGAGGAAGCAGAGAGAGAGGGCACCAUUAAACCUGGCGUCAGCACCAUUAUUGAACCCACUUCGGGUAACACAGGCAUUGGAUUGGCGUUGGCGGCAGCAGUGAAGGGGUACCGAGUGAUUAUCACCAUGCCGGAAAAGAUGUCGCAAGAAAAAGUCGAUGUUCUCAAGGCCUUGGGGGCAGAAAUUAUUCGCACGCCGACUGAAGCUGCAUGGGAUGCGCCUGAAUCGCAUAUUGGAGUGGCUAGAAAGUUGAGGGACGAAAUUCCCAACGCGGUGAUUCUCGAUCAGUAUGGCAACGCUUACAAUCCUGUAGCACAUUAUGACACGACUGCCGAGGAAAUUUUGCGUGAUUGUGACGGCAAAAUUGAUAUGUUGGUCGCUGGUGCCGGUACAGGCGGUACCAUUACCGGUUUAGCUCAAAAGUUGAAGGAAAAAUGCCCCAACAUCAAGAUUGUUGGCGUGGAUCCUCACGGAUCUAUUCUUGCUCAACCCGAUUCUUUAAAUACAGAGACAGGGGGUUAUCAAGUAGAGGGUAUCGGUUACGAUUUUGUGCCGGAUGUGUUGCAACGUUCCCUGGUGGACGAAUGGUACAAGUCCGAUGACAAAUCGUCUUUCCUUAUGGCGCGACGCUUGAUCCGCGAUGAAGGCCUUCUUUGCGGUGGAUCCUCCGGUACCGCCAUGUCAGCGGCCGUCAGGGUAGCCAAAGAGUUGAAGCCUGGACAGCGAUGUGUGGUUAUUUUGCCGGAUUCUGUGCGCAACUACAUGACCAAGUUUUUGAACGACGAUUGGAUGAGAAAGAACGGUUUCGCCGAUGACAAGUUUGAAGAGCAGAGUAGCGAAGGCAAGGCACACAAAGAUUACCGAGGGGCGACGGUGGGCGAUCUGCAGCUGAAACCGGCUGUCACCAUCACUGCAGAGACGUCCUGCAAGGAUGCCAUUGAAUUGAUGCAGAAAUACGGUUUUGACCAACUGCCAGUGACAUCGGAACCCAAGCGACGACUCCAAGGGCUGGUUACCAUGGGCAAUAUUUUGUCUCGUAUUGCCUCGGGCCGUGCUGCGCCUUCUUCGGCUGUGACGGAAGUCAUGUACCAUUUCAACCGCAGCAGCAACAAAUUCCAGUUGAUUACCGUGCAUACACCGUUGGAACAUUUGACACGAUUCUUUGAGAACCAUUCCAGUGUAUUGGUCACUACAGAGGAAGGGGAAGUGAAACAUGUCGUGACCAAGGUCGACCUUUUGGCCUAUCUGGUCAAAGAUGCGAGAUCAUGAUAAAAAUGUAUUUUUUUUUUUUUUUUUUUUUGGGAUUGAUCAAUGAUAUUGAGAUUUUCCAACGGUCUUUUGCGGACUUUUUAUUAAAAGAUCCAAUC